UUGUAUGCCUACUGACACUCUAUACGACCCAGGUUUCAAGCUCGCAUUCCAAAAAUAAUUGCGCUGUAUUGAGCCCAAAUCAAACGUCGACUGAUUCUAACCAACAGCAACCCAAGAGAUAUACAGAAAUUGCCAACCAACACAGACGCGAAACCAGAGCGCUAACUAUUCACCAAUUACAGCAAACACAGAUAUUUGAGCUCUAUAACUCACUUCUCAUACCAGCUCAAAUCCUCUCUGUGGCUUACGCUCACACUCUUGGCAUCGCAACACCAACUCAGUCACGUGACUCGGGCCUCCUCCCCAGAACCAGCUCCAGAUUCCAGGGUCCUAGCACAAAGCCGCAAAUAACAGCUCCUUGCGGAAUCCAGGCCACGGACACGACCCCAUUAUUGAUCUCGCCACUCCAUAAUAAAACCCUUUCCUUCAGUCCCUAUUGGCAAUUCUCAGAAUCUGUUUGGCUGACUACCAUUCUGAUUGGUCCCACACGAGAACGAUUGAGCGGGUUUUCAGAUGCAGCUACUACUGCCAAGCGACGAGCCGAGGAUCCAUGCACUGAUGUGGGGAAGUUUUACCCAUGAAUGAGCACGUUUUUAUCCGCUGGGUAGAUAAGAUGGCUGUUUAUAAGAUCUGGGUCUUGCUUUCUGCUUGUCAGACGGACGAUCUUACCUUGCUUCGAUUUUUCUGGUUGUGUUUAUUGUUUACCUUUGUAUGUGUUGGUGAAGUUAGCGACGCGAGAACCUUCAUACCAGGACAAACUCACUGGCGAACACUUCGCCGUUCUCAGCCAUGCAUCUCACUACCCAGCUUGUCCUGCUCGCACAGCUGUCCUCGGGCGCUGUAGCUGUUAAACAUGGUAUCAUCGGUAUGGGAAUCAGCAUGUACAAGCCAGUCUGCGCAUAUGCGUGUCACGACUCCCUCGCUUCUCUCUGGCUCAACUGCACGACUUUCUCAACCGGGGACCACGACAUGGAGGGUAUGGACAUGAAGCUUCUCAAGCGGAUGGAUAUGGGAGAAGAAGUCGAGGCGACGACAUCAAUGGAGUGCGUGGCGAGCAACAUGCCUUGGUUACAGACUUUGGCGUAUUGUUUGAAAGACCGCUGUGGAAUUGAUGGGGUGGGAGAGAAGAAGAUCGCCAAGGCGUACAGCAAGCUUUCGAUGUCUGACACGGCUGUAUACGAAGAGAUGCUGCCUGCUACGGCGCCCACGACGGAGUUGGAGGCCGAUGCGAUGUGGUUGAAUGAGACGAGUUUGGUAAACUACGAGAUGUACUUUAUGAAUCGGCAGACGUUACAAGAGUUUGAGUAUCAAGAGGAAACGCAUGCUCAGCUUUCGGUCGCUAUCAUGACUAUCACAGUAGGAUUUACUCUUCUCGCUGGAAAGUACAUGAAAUUCAGUGCUGCGGGCUUGGGGAACAUGAUUCCAAUCAAGUUGUCAAAAGUUCUCUUGCUACCUGCUCUGUUCAACGGGAAGCAUCAGCAACCUCUCGCAGGCAACAUUGGAUACGCCCCAUCACGACUACUUUCCCUCAUCAUAUUCAUCUACGUCUUCCUCAACCUCAUCUUCUCCGCUGUACCAUACAAAUCAGUCUUCCCACAAUCUUCAAGUGCUUGGUUCGCAGACUCCAAAUCCGAAAUCUCAACUUACGUGACCAACCGAACUGGCGUUCUCUCAUUCGCCAACAUCGCAUUAUCAAUCCUCUUCGCUGGCCGCAACAAUCCCCUCAUCUGGUUCACAGGCCUCAGUCAAACUACAUGUCUGACUUUCCACCGCUGGGCAGCUCGCGUAGCGACAGUGCAGGCUGUCGUCCACUCGAUCAUAUACACGUAUCUCGAUUUCUGGGGCGGUGGUUCAGCAAAAUAUUACGCCAAUAUCAAGCUUCCAUACUACUACUGGGGCAUAAUUGGUACCAUCUUCCUCUGCCUCGCCAUCACCUUCUCAAUCCUCCCUAUCCGGCGUUUCCAGUACGAGAUCUUCCUUGUCACACACAUCAUCAUGGUUAUCAUCGCGCUGGUAGGCUGUUGGUACCACGUCGUUCUUCGCUUCACCUAUAAUUGGGGCUACGAAGUCUGGUUGUACAUAGCCAUCGCAUUCUGGGGCUUCGAACGUCUAAGCAGAAUGGCUAUCAUCGUAUACAGAAACAUGGUCGGAUCGACCACCACCCAAGCAGUAGCCGAACUCACCCCUGGCGGAAAAUUCAUGAAACUCACCGUCUACCCUUCCAAGAACUGGAAUUACAAGCCCGGGCAACACUCAUUCUUGUAUUUCCCAUCCACAGGUCGAUUCUGGGAAAAUCAUCCUUUCUCCAUUGCGGGAUGGGAUACCGGGUCCAUGACUUCAGUUACACCGUCUAGAAAUAUCGCAACACAUCAAGAGUCCGGCGUGACCGCAACAACGCCGACAAACAAAGACGUCGAGAAAGACCUCCAAAUAACCACCGCCCCCGUCCGAGACUCCGACUCCACAUCCUCGCUUCCAGCCUCACACUCCUCAACCACAACAACACGCAUCACCCAGUCUCACUCCCAUCCAGCCCUCGCCUCCCGCCCCAGUAUAACCUUCCUCCUCCGCCCCAUGUCAGGCCUAACCUCCUCCCUCCACACAUCCCUCUCCUCCCCACAAUCGCAAUCCCUACCCCCAUCACCCACCUACCUCCCCCUCACACUCGAAGGACCCUACGGGCACUCCAUCGACCUCUCGCACGCCGACACCAUCCUCUGCAUUGGCGGCGGAAUCGGCAUCACCGCUUUACUAUCCUACAUUCAAUUCUUCGUUGAAGCGCGACGCUCGGGGGCCACUUCUGUUAUAAAAGCCUCGCGGCUAGUUCUUACGUGGAGCUUUCGCGAGCGAGAACUUGCUAGUGUUGUAAGGAGGAUGAUUCCCCUGGAUGCGAGGGAGAGGGGGGUGGAGAUGAGGUGGACUUGUACUGGGGGUGAGGGGGUGGUGAAGGGGGAAGGAGAGGGAGAGGAGGGUGUGGGGAGGGGCAGGUUGGAUGUUGCGAAGGUGGUAGAGGAGGAGGUGGGGAGGGUGAGGAGGGUGGCGGUUUUGGUUUGCGCGCCGGGGGGAUUGGCGGAUGGAGUGAGGAGGGAGGUGGUGAGGUUGCAUGGGGAGGGGGGGACGAGGAUUGAUUUGCAUGAGGAUAGUUUUGCUUGGUAAUUGUGAUAUACUUUGGUGUUACAUGCUCGAUACAGAGGAAAACAGGUCACCUGCCUACACAGUAUUAAUGGUGUGAAUGAUAUGAUAUCCCUUUCGCUUGUGUGUUACCUUCACAGCGAGCUUCCUGUGAUAACCUAUACCAAACCCUCCUCACAUCCUCAAAAUUUCUCAGACAGAUAACAUCUUUUCUCUUCUUCCUGAUCUUGACCUUCCUUCACACGAUAUUUAGAGCUGAGAAAUAUCUGUUCUUAAACACCACCAAGAGCGAAUAGCAACAGAAGUUCAUCGAACAUCAAAUACAACCAUUCUGCCCACCACUACCUGCAGCAAAGUCGACACCAAACCCCAUUCCGACAGCCAUACUCACCUCCACACCCACGUAAAUAACCUCUUAUGCCUGUUCGACCAAUCAAAACCAUUGCCCAGCGGAGAAGGUAGCUUGGUUUCGCGUCAACCAAUGCAACAUAGGAGGAAGACAGACAGAUUCAUACGCCGUUAGUUGCUCUUGUCUCGCUGGCUGCUGAAGCUGUCUGUGAGCAAUGGCAGGUGUCGAGCUGGUUCCAUGUAUAUUGUUUCUGCUCUUCAAAGGAUGUUGUCAUACAGAUAGAUGACUUUCUUGAUAUUCGCGGGUUGGUCGGGAUCUUUGGCCUGGUAUCGCCGACAAAUCAUGGAUUGAACUGGACCGGACUGGGUUGGAUGUAAUUUCAUGCUUUGAUGCAGCUUUUUUUUAAUCUGAUAAUUGUCCUCAAAUGGGCAGCUAGAGAGAUAUGAUGCUACAGGAGCUGACCGUGCCGAGGAUUGAGGGAACACAAUCUCGCUUAAUUUGUUUGGUCAUCCAGCACUGGUCACCCUCUUUG